AUGACAAAUACUUUAAGUUUUGAAGAACAAGUUUCGAACAUAUCCAAGAUGAUGGAGACCAUGAUGAAACACAUCAAGGACCAAGAUGCUCUUAUCGCUCAACUGCUCACCCAAAAAAAUCACGCUCCUGAAGGAAGCCACAUGAAGUUUAAGGAGCACCAAGAGCAUGAAAUUCUCUCAUCUAAAAGCAAGGACAAGAUGAAGGAAGUAUAUGUGACCGCCGAGAGAACUAUCCCCGUAGAACAACUGAAGAAACUUGUAGAAGACGUGAUUAAAGAAAAAAAGGAGGGUAACUCAAAAUCAAGCUUCACUUACUCCAAACCUUACACUGCUAGAAUUGACAGCCUAGCAAUGCGUGUUGGAUAUCAACCGCCUAAGUUUCAACAGUUCGAUGGAAAAGGCAGUCCAAAACAACAUGUAGCCUAUUUUAUCGAGACCUGCAAUAAUGCUGGAACCUAUAGUAACCUGCUAGUCAAACAGUUUAUUCGGUCCUUGAAGAGCAAUGCAUUUGAUUGGUACACCGAUCUCACACCGGGGUCCAUCGAUAAUUGGGAACAGUUGGAGCAAGAGUUCUUGAAUCACUUCUACAGCACUGGAAGAACUAUUAGUAUGUUGGAAUUGACUAAUACUCGUCAAUGGAAGGAUGAACCUGUGGUCAACUACAUCGAUAGAUGGAGAAGUCUGAGUCUUAACUAG